CAAUCUACAGAGAGCCACUCAACUCUAUUCCAGUUAUGGCGCCAUUGCUGCUAAGAUAUUAGAAGAGAAGAGAAGCACAGUGAACCAUGCAAUCUUUGCGCACGCUCUCAUCAUUCUAUUUCUCGACACCACCACAGUCGCUUCAAAAACCCACUAAAAGAGCCACUUUCACCAUCAAAUCCUCCGUUAACAGAAGCCAACAGAAACCCACCACAAGUACAACCAAGCCCAGCUCAUGGGUCAGCCCGGACUGGCUCACUUCACUGAUCAAGUCUUUGUCUUUGACCAAGAAUGACGAUUCAAACAUACCUCUAGCUAGUGCCCAGCUCGCUGACGUUGGUGAUCUUCUGGGUGGAGCCCUGUUUAUCCCGUUGUUUAAAUGGAUGAAUGAGUAUGGACCCAUUUACAGGCUGGCUGCUGGACCCCGAAAUUUUGUUGUAGUUAGCGAUCCGGCUAUUGCUAAGCAUGUGUUGAGGAACUAUGGCACCAAGUAUGCCAAAGGUCUAGUCUCUGAGGUCUCACAGUUUUUGUUCGGGUCGGGUUUUGCGAUUGCUGAAGGUUCGCUUUGGAUGGCAAGGCGCAGGGCUGUGGUUCCAUCUCUUCACAAGAAGUACUUAUCCAUGAUAGUUGACAGAGUAUUUUGUAAAUGUGCUGAAAGAUUGGUGGAAAAGCUGCAAACUGAUGCACUAGAUGGGACUGCUGUAAACAUGGAAGAAAUUUUUUCUCAAUUAACCCUUGAUGUGAUUGGUCUUUCUGUAUUCAAUUAUAAUUUUGACUCACUUACUACUGACAGCCCAGUUAUUGAUGCAGUUUAUACUGCUUUGAAAGAGGCAGAGCUUCGUUCCACUGAUAUUCUACCAUAUUGGAAGAUUAGAGCCUUGUGCAAGAUUAUUCCAAGACAAAUAAAGGCUGAAAAUGCAGUUAAAUUGAUUAGACAAACUGUUGAAGAGCUGAUUGAAAAGUGCAAAGAGAUUGUGGAAAAUGAGGGAGAAAGGAUUGAUGAUGAGGAAUAUGUCAAUGAUAGUGAUCCAAGUAUCCUCCGCUUCUUGCUUGCUAGCAGAGAAGAGGUUUCAAGUGUACAAUUAAGAGAUGACCUUUUGUCCAUGUUAGUUGCUGGCCAUGAGACCACUGGUUCGGUUUUGACUUGGACACUAUAUCUCCUAAGUAAGGAUUCAGACUCAUUGAUGAAAGCACAGGAAGAGGUUGACAGGGUUUUACAGGGAAGACCUCCUUCUUUUGAAGACAUAAAGGAUCUAAAGUUCGUUACACGUUGCAUAAAUGAGUCAAUGCGUCUCUACCCACAUCCUCCUGUCUUGAUAAGAAGAGCUCAAGUUGCUGAUGUGCUCCCUGGAAACUACAAGGUUAAUGCUGGCCAAGAUAUAAUGAUUUCGGUGUAUAAUAUCCACCAUUCCUCACAGGUCUGGGAGAGAGCAGAAGAGUUUUGGCCAGAAAGAUUUGACUUGGAAGGUCCCAUUCCUAAUGAAACAAAUACAGAUUUUAGAUUCAUUCCUUUCAGUGGAGGGCCACGAAAGUGUGUGGGAGAUCAGUUUGCUCUGCUGGAGGCUAUUGUUGCUCUCACAGUUUUCUUGCAGAAAAUGAACUUUGAACUAGUUCCUGAUCAGAACAUCAACAUGACUACUGGAGCAACAAUACACACAACUAAUGGAUUGUAUAUGAGAGUAAUGCAAAGGCAACCUAAAACUGUCAUUCUUUCAUCUUCUUCUUCAAGAGCAAAAGAAAAACAUUACAUUUUCAUGGUGAUUUUGAGAUGAUAAUUUCUAACGUUCGGAGCUAGAUUUUCCCUUUGGUCAUGGUUAAUUUAUAUAAUAUUUUGCUUGUGUAAUGCUUUUCUUAUUGUAAUUAUAUCAGAAUUUAUGUUACCCUGUCAUAUUGUUACACUUUGUCGUUCAAAUGUUAUACAAAUGGUUAAUAAUAAGUGUG